AGGAGCGGAGCGGAGUGGCACCAGCUGUGCGCAGAAAACAAGCUGCGGGUGACUUCGCCGAGUCCUCGCAGGUGGAGGCUACUCCGGCGGCGGCACUGAGUAGACAUCUCCGGGCAGGGGCCGGGCCGUGCUCCCCGGGCUGCCGCGGGCCGCCGGAGGGGCGGAGCGGGGGCGUGGGUCCGGGCCUUCUCAUGGGCAGGGCGCCCUCCGCGGGCCGGGACCACCUUCGGACAGCAGAGAGCUGCCCGCGCUGAGCGGCCGGAGCAUGGAGUGGCGAACGGACAGCACGACGGCGGACGAGUUGGCCAACGCUGCCGCCCGCGGAGACCUGCAGCGCCUACGGGAGCUGCUGGACGGCGCGGCAGACCCCAACGCCGUCAACUCCUACGGCCGGACCCCCAUCCAGGUGAUGAUGCUGGGCAGCCCGCGGGUGGCGGAGCUGCUGCUGCAGCGCGGCGCCGACCCCAACCGCCCGGACCCGCGCACCGGCUGCUUCCCGGCGCACGACGCGGCCCGCGCCGGCUUCCUGGAGACGCUGGCGGCGCUACACAGAGCCGGGGCGCGCCUCGACCUGCCCGAUGGCAGCGGCCGCCUCCCCCUCGACGUGGCGGCGGGGGGACCGCACGGACCGGUGGCCAGGUUCCUCCGCCACCCGCCGCCGCGCGCCUAACCGCCUCCUUUGCCGCCCCCUGCCCUAAUUUAUUGCUCGUGUCCGCCUCGGGAGAUACAGAGUCUUGUAGCACCCACUUGCUGUAAAUAACCCCCACAUCGCACUUCCCCACGCAUGAAGGACCGGCGGGACAUGUCUUGUUUUGUACACUACAUUUUGCACGUGUCUGUAAUGUUAUCCUGCACGAGAAAUUCCACUGCCCUCCACGCCCUUCUUUCCUCACUCUGGAGUCCCAACACUGUGAAGAGAAGUAAAUAUGAAGGAACCCCACCGCACAAAGGUGUCACAAUAAACCCUUCAACUCUUCCUGUUUUGA